CAGUCGCAAAAACGGUCCCACUCGCUGCGGCCAAGUUGCUGCUCGCUGGUCGUCAUUUUAAGAUGGCGCAUUGAAGUGAACAGCAACGCGAAAUUUGUGCCGUGUACUGCCAAGAAGAUCACUGUGCAAUCACAACCGUAGAAUCUGGACCCAGUGCCGCCUCAAAACAAAAACAGUGGUGACCGCGAGUGAAAACACGUAAAUUUUGUAAGGUGAAUGGUGUGAAUUGCGGUAAAAUUUCGAUUUUUCCGCUAGUGAUUUUCGACCGUCUACGAUCGCCUUGGUGAAGGAAAAAUUUCUCUUCGACUACGUAGCCCAGACAAGAGGUCAUCCAAAAUGGCGUCCAUUUGCAAGUGAUUUAAAUUUUUCACGGUAGUAAAAAUUGAAUUUCGGUUGUUUAGCACAACUUUUUGCCGUGGAUUUCAACGUUUUUCGAUGAAUUGGUUAAAACGAAACAAUUUGAACGUGAAUCCCCGUGGAUCGUAACAACUUUACUUUGGAAUUAUAAGGAAAAACCCUUUGGAAUUCGUCAUGAGCCAGUCAAAAGAGGACAAAAGCGACUCGGAAAAUGAGUCGAGUAGUGACAGCAAAAGCGAAUCCGGCUCGUCGGAUUCGGAGAGCGAGAGCGGAUCCGGUUCGUCCAGUUCCGGUUCCAGCGAUAACGAAGACCAGCAGCAGAAUGAGCAGGAUAGCAGUGUGAACACCUCGGCGCAAAACGACAACGCGCAAGAUGGUUCCAAGCCGGAACAGAACGGAACCGCUUCCGGUGAUGAUGAGGAAGACGUCAAUAAUGCCAGUGCAAAUCAUCAGAACGCCAGCAAGUCUGGUGAAGAGGAGGAGGAAGAGGAAGAUGAAGAAGAGGAGGAGGAGGUGAAUAGUAGUGGUGCUGCCGCUGCCGAGCAGAUUAACAAUAGUGGCGAAACGAACAACAGCAAAUCGCACAGCAGUGCCCAAUCGGGUGGCUCCGGAUCGGAAGAAAGUGGCGACGAGGAUAAUCAGAGCGAAGCCCAGAACGGAUCGGAUUCGGACGACAGCGGCAAACCGAGCAACGCCAGUCAAACGCAGGAAGACGACGACGACGACGGUUCCGGAAGUCACAAUUCGGAUGACGAGGAGGAGCAGGAGGAGGAACAUUCAUCAAAAAGUAGUUACGAUGAUGAGGACUAUGCCGCUAACCGUCGUCGGAACAACGCACGCAAGAAGGCUGCCGCAGCGCAAGCCAAACGCAAGGCGGCCUCGUCAUCGCAGCCCACGAAGAAGAAAAAGAGCAGUAAUCGUUGGAAGUCGGAAACAUCGGAGGACAGCGAUGCCAGUGAACCGGACAGUUCCGAAGAUGAGGACGACAGCCGGAGUUACGGAGCCCGCAGGGCAGCAGCGAAAAAGCGUCCAGCUCCUGCACCGAAACCCAAAGCAUCGGCAAAGAAAAAGAAACGCGCUGCAGCUUACUCCUCCGAUGAAGGUAGUGAUAGUGGAGGGGAAGCGUCGCGACAGGGUAGAAGUAGGAGGAAAACAGCUGUUAGCUACAAAGAGGCGAGUGGUGAUGAGGUAACCGAUAGCGAAGACUUGCUGGAGGUUGACCAGGAAGCUGAGGAAGCUGCUGCAGCAGCUGCUGCCGAAGAGGAGAAGACUGAAACGAUCGAAAGAAUAAUCGGUCAACGGAUGGGCAAGAAGGGUGCCACCGGAGCGGCAACAACAACUUAUGCCGUGGACGAAGGUGGUGAUCCCAAUGAAGGUGUCGAUGAAAAUGAUACGGAUAACACAGAACAACAGUAUUUGAUCAAAUGGGCUGGAUGGUCUUACCUUCACUGCACGUGGGAAUCGGAUGAAACACUGAAAGAGCAGAAAGUGAAAGGAAUGAAAAAGCUGGAAAAUUACAUCAAGAGGGAAAAGGACAUCGAAUAUUGGCGUAAGUACCAAGCCGGUCCCGAGGAUAUUGACUACUACGAGUGUCAACAAGAACUUCAGCAAGAUCUGCUGAAAAGCUACUACAACGUCGAACGGGUGAUAGCUCAGGUGGAAAAGCCUGAGGGUGGUGGAAUAGAUUAUCUGUGUAAAUGGGAAUCACUUCCUUAUGCGGAUUCCACAUGGGAGGAUGCAAGCUUAAUAGUGAAAAAGUGGGAGAAGAAAGUAGAGGAAUUCCAAGAUAGGGACAACAGUAAGAGGACUCCGUCAAAGCAUUGCAAAGUGAUAAGGAGUCGACCGAAAUUCCAUCAUUUGAAAUCUCAACCCGAUUAUCUGGGCGAGGAUCGAGGCUUGAAGCUCCGAGACUAUCAGAUGGACGGUUUAAACUGGCUGGUACUCACAUGGUGCAAAGAAAACUCCGUCAUCUUGGCUGACGAGAUGGGUUUGGGUAAAACUAUUCAAACUAUCUGCUUUCUGUACUAUCUUUUCAAAGCGCAACAACUGUAUGGUCCGUUCUUGUGUGUUGUUCCCCUGAGUACGAUGACUGCGUGGCAACGCGAGUUCGCCAUAUGGGCACCAGAGAUGAAUGUCGUAACGUACCUUGGUGAUGUAGCUUCGCGUGAAAUCAUCCGUCAGUAUGAAUGGUGCUUCCCCAAUCAGAAGUUAAAAUUCAAUGCUAUCCUGACAACGUACGAGAUUCUGCUCAAAGACAAAACCUUCCUAGGAAGCGUUAGUUGGGCAGUCCUUUUGGUCGAUGAAGCACAUCGUCUGAAAAACGACGAUUCCCUAUUGUACAAAGCUCUAGAAGAGUUCGACACCAACUACCGGUUACUUAUUACCGGAACGCCGCUCCAGAACUCCCUCAAAGAACUGUGGGCUUUGCUCCACUUCAUCAUGCCAAAUAGGUUUGACACGUGGGAAUCGUUUGAAAGGCUCUACGGAAACACCAGCAAUGAUAAAUCCUACACAAAACUGCACAAAGAGCUUGAGCCAUACAUCCUUCGGCGAGUGAAAAAAGACGUCGAAAAAAGUCUUCCGGCGAAAGUGGAGCAAAUCCUCCGGGUUGAAAUGACCUCUCUUCAAAGACAGUACUACCGAUGGAUCCUCACGAAGAAUUUCGACGCCCUGCGGAAAGGCACCAAAGGUUCGAUCAAUACAUUCCUAAACAUUAUGAUCGAACUGAAGAAGUGUUGCAACCAUGCUUUGUUGACCAAACCAGAGGAAUUCGAAAAUCAGACGAAUCAGGACGAAGUGGUAGUUCAGUUGCUGAAGGGAUCCGGAAAAUUGGUCUUGUUGGACAAGUUGUUAUGUCGACUUAAGGAAACCGGCCACAGGGUAUUGAUAUUCUCCCAAAUGGUGCGGAUGUUGGACAUUCUGGCGGAGUACUUGCAAAAAAGGCAUUUCUCGUUCCAACGAUUGGACGGCAGUAUUAAGGGUGAGCUACGAAAGCAAGCGUUGGAUCACUUCAAUGCGGAAGGUUCGACGGAUUUCUGCUUCCUGUUGUCGACUCGUGCUGGAGGAUUGGGUAUCAAUCUGGCCACGGCCGAUACGGUCAUCAUUUUCGACUCAGAUUGGAAUCCUCAGAACGAUCUACAAGCGCAGGCCCGUGCACAUCGAAUCGGGCAGAAAAAUCAGGUCAACAUCUAUCGUUUGGUGACGGCACGAUCUGUCGAAGAAGAUAUCGUUGAAAGGGCGAAGAAGAAGAUGGUGUUGGACCAUUUGGUCAUUCAACGGAUGGACACAACUGGUCGGACAGUUUUGGACAAGAAUGGAGGAAGCAAUUCCACCAAUCCGUUCAACAAGGACGAGUUGUCGGCGAUUCUGAAGUUCGGAGCAGAGGAGUUGUUCAAGGAGGACGAGGAAGGAGAUGAUGAACUGGUAUGUGAUAUUGAUGAGAUUUUGAAACGGGCGGAAACUAGGGAUGAGAACCCAGAGAUGCCAGGUGAUGAAUUGCUGUCGGCAUUCAAUGUGAAGACGUUCGAUUUCGACGAGGAAAAGGAAACAUCUGCAAUACGUAACACAGUGAAACCACCAACGGAAGCCGAACAGGAUGGUGACACUAAAGAUUGGGACGAGAUUAUUCCUCAGAAUUAUCGGGAACGCGUGGAAGCAGAGGAAAGAAACAAAGAGUUGAGCGAUCUGUAUCUUCCACCGAGGAGAAAAACUCUUCAGCAGUUGAACCAAGAGGAAGGUGGUGGUGGUGGCAAGAAAAAGCGAAAACGGCAUGCCGAUGACGAUACUGAAGAUGAAUCGGAUGGUAGCGAUGAUGGUAAAACCGGUAAGAAAACGAAUGCUAGAGGUAGACCUUCAAAUAAGGAGAAGAUUCCUGGUUUUUCGGAUAACGAGCUGAGGCGACUCAUCAAAAGCUAUAAAAAGUUCCCUGCACCGCUGAAGAGGUUAGAAGCAAUCGCAAUCGAUGCAGAGUUGCAGGAGAAACCCCUUUCCGAGCUGAAGAAGGCUGCUGAAAUGUUGUACGACCGGUGUGUUCAGUUUAUGGAACAUUCCAAAGAGAACGAAGAGAAAGAGAAGAAUUCCACCGAAGAAAAAGCCAAGCGAGGUCCUAGGGCGGCAUUUUCAAUUCGCUUCGGAGGCGUAUCGUUCAACGUAAAAACUCUGCUGCAGUGUGUCGAAGAGUUAGCUCCACUGGAUGACUUUCUUCCUCAAGAUCCGGAAGAGCGGGCGAAAUGGAUUUUGAACAUUAAAACCCGAUCAGCCAAUUUUGAUGUCGACUGGAACAACGAAGAUGACUCGCGAUUACUGCGGGGCAUUUACCAAUUUGGCAUUGGAUCCUGGGAGGCAAUGAAAAUGGAAGAGUCUCUGCAACUAUCAGACAAAAUUCUAUUGAACGAAACCGAUAAAAAGCCUCAAGCGAAGCAUCUUCAAUCUCGAGCCGAGUAUUUGUUGAAAAUCAUCAGGAAACACAUCGAACUGAAGAAAGGUGUUGGUAAGAAGCCUCGUAAACAACGCAAGCCUCGUGGCGAAGCUAAAGCAAUUUCUGCGGAAAUGGUUCAUUCUCCGUUGUCUCCGGGCAUUCACAAGGAAGAAGCGGAAAAUAACGAAGUGUCCGCGACGGAAGAAAAGAAGGUCUCUACUCCAAGUAUUCCCAAGAUCAAGAAAUUGUCCGAGUCGGAUUCACAUCACCAUGAGCAUGACACGAGCUCAAAUGGUCCUAAAGAAGAUCACAAAGAACCCCACAAGGAAAAGAAAGAGCGGAAGAAAAAGGAACCGAAAGCCAAAGAGACCAAGAAAGAGAAGAAAAAGAAUACGGGACCAAUGCAUUUCACGGCCAAUAACGAACCGUGUGCAUUGAACAUCAUAGGAGAUCUGGACCCGAGCGUGUUCAACGAGUGUAAGGAGAAGAUGCGACCGGUCAAGAAAGCACUUAAGACGCUUGAUAACCCGGACCAAACGCUACCGGCGGAAGAACAGGUCAGUCAGACGAGAGCUUGUCUGCUCAGUAUUGGCAAUCAGAUAAACCAGUGUCUCUUGGUCUACAAGGACCCGGAGAAAAUCAAAGAAUGGAGAAGCAAUCUGUGGUACUUUGUGUCGAAAUUCACCGAAGUCGAUGCAAAGAAACUAUUCAAACUGUACAAGCACGCACUGAAGAAGCGAGGCGAAGGUGACGACAGUCACGGAAGCAACGAGAAAAAGAAAGAUCACCAUGGUCAUCACCACCAUCAUCACGGACACGGUCAUGGUCAUCAUCAUCACGCCAAGGAUGGUGCCAGUUCCGCCCAGAAUUCACCAGUCAAGGAAGCUAAAGAAAAGUCGGAUAAGGCUUCGAAGAGCAUUCCAGGAGCACCGCAGGCUCUGCAAACGUUGGGUAAAAUCAAAAAGAUUAGCAAAAAAGACAACAGCCAGAACCAACAGAGUGCGCUGGUAGUGUCAACGCCGUUGGCUGAGCAGGAAAAAGAGAAACCCUUGCUUAGCGACCGACGAGACAGGAAAGAGAAGAAGCGCCUUCAUGGUGGAACCGGUGUACCUGAUCGAGGAGGUGAUGACGGCAAAGAUGACGGAUCAUAUCAAUCGAAGCGCAAGUUGGAAGAUGGCGAGUUGGACGAGAAUAGCAAGGAGUACAAACGAUUGCAUGGUGAUGGAAGGAACAAUCGGGAUCGAGACAAAAAAUGGGAUGAUUAUGAUCGGGAUCGUGGCUCACGGGGCGGUGGCAUGUCCCGAGGACCUCCCGGUACGCCUCAAGGAAUGCGCGGUGGAAUGUUUCAAGAUGGAGGAGGGCGUGGUGGCCCCUAUCCGGACGAUCGAUGGAGUAGUCGAGAUAGGUUCAGUGAUCAUAAACGUGACCGAUACGACGGUUACAAUCGACACCCGCCAUCAAAUUACCAUCGCGAUCACCGAGAUCGGGAUCGAGGAGACCGAUCCUAUAAGGAUAAACGAAGUAGAUACCCGCCUGCCCCUGGAGGUUAUCCAAGCAACCAUUACGGCAUGCCACCGAGUGGUUACUAUCCGCCGGGUGAUAAUCCGUACCGAUAUGCCGCAGGGUAUGAUCGUGGAGGAGGUCCCCCGGGUGGUGGCGGUGGUGGCUCAGGGGGAGACUUCAUGGACUAUCGAGGAAGUGGUGGCAGCGGCGGAGGAGGACGUGGCGACUACGACCGAAGGCCACCGCCCCCGACUAGCUCGUAGCUUCCAAGGGUGAAACCACGAAGGCAGUGAAGCUGUGCAUGUGACGGCUAGGAUCUAAAAUAGACUUUUCUCAAUAUAGUGUACAGAACAAACGACAGAUUAUUUAACUCAGAAGAUGCUAUAUAACCUGAUAUAUAGUGAGAGCAAUUUGGUACUUUUUGAUACCACCAUAGGGGCAUAACUUAUAGGAACUAGUUAUUAUUUUCUCAGCUAACGAGAGAAUCUUGUUUUAAACUCAGUUGAUAAUUUAUUAAGUCGCAAAUUUUGCAAGUAAACAAAAAAAGCGCAUCCCAAUUGUUUUUUCUUUCAUUUUCCGUUUGCAAUCCCUAUUGAGGGACAAACUCAUCUCAUAUUUCAUCGGACGUGUAAAAUUACAGUUUUGGAUACCUCAAGUUUUCGUCCCUAGGUUUUAGACCGGCAGUGGAAGCAUUUUGUGUUCGUAAUCGUACACCAGCCCAGUUAUGCGGGGUGUAUAAACAAAAGACGCGAAAAUCCGAUUCUUUGUGUUCAUGCGGACGUUCUAGGAUGCCGUCUCUAAUUAUUGUGACAUGUACAGUUGUAAAAAUUAAAUACAGGAGUUAGGUCGUAAGCAAUCCGCAUGCUCUAAAAUAAAGGAACACUCAACCAAGUGAAACUGGCGAAGCUGUGGUGUAAAUGUGCGCUAAAGACUGGCAAAUUAUGUCGUAGCUAAGGCUUAGGAGAAAAUCAAUUUACCAACUAUUUUAAUUUAUACCAACACAAACCAAUUGUCGAUAAACAAAAGUUUAUUUUAAUUUGCAAAAAAAAAAGAAAAUUAAGCCGUGAAUGGCUGCCGAAAGAACAUAUAUUGUUUAGGACCGUUUUUUU